CCAGUUUGUCCCAGAGUGCAUCUGUGCGUGGCAUCUGAACACGGAUGAGUUAGGGGAAGUGAAAGCAGACCCAACAUCGACAAAUGCAACCGAGUGGGGAGUGAGGCGUUGCUCUGUCUGUGCUGGGAUGUUAGGCAGUUGACUAGGAGGGAAUUUGUCUUUUAAAAUACAAGGCAAAUACAUCAAUGCAUUCUUAAAGCAAGGUAAAAGUGUGUGGAAACCCCUCUACCCCAGACUCUGGAGGUGGCCAGGGCCCCAAGAAGGCAUCAGCAUUGCUAUCAGCAGCUGCAGAACUGACAGGAAGACGACAGCCACGCUGACCCCUUGAGCCACCGUUGUCAGUGAGCAGCGGAGAGGCCACUCAUUGUGGGCCCCCGCCACGGAAAGGAAGGCGCACCGACAUUGAUUUCACCGGACCCCCACCAUCGCCGGGCCCAGCAGUACUGGCCACUACUGCACUGGAACGGACUCCAGGGGGAACAGAAAAGACCUGUCCCAGGACGUUGGAACAUGAUUUAUGACAACUUCCAUUAUGAAGCCAUUGAUGAAGAAGAGACAAAGGAGAUGCUCCACUUCCAAGUACACCAUAAGCUAGCUGGAAUCCCAGAGCAGCUCAGUGAUGGACAACAGAUGAACAUAAUGGAAGGAGAUUCAUCUCAUGACCCAAAUGACACCGUAAGAACUGAGGAAAUGGAAAAUAAAUGUGCCCAAGAAUUUGAACAAACAGAGUUCUGUGAACAUUCACUUCUCCGAAUGAAUAAUUUCAGUGUGCCAGAAGAGAGACUCAACUUACUGUCAUACGUGGGACAAGUUUCCUAUGAGCAUGGCACUCUCCAGUGGACAAAUGGUGGCCAUUUUGAAGAGAUUCCCAAACUGCUACCAGGUGAUGGGGGAGCGUCCUGUGAACUUGUGGCUCUACAAAGGGAUGAAGAAGGAGAAUCAGAAGAAAUGCCCAGAUUACUACCUUAUGAUGAAGAAGUGACCUAUGAUUCUAGAGCUCUGCAAAUGACUAAUGAAAGAAAACCAGAGGAGAUGCCCAGCCUACCUGGAGAAGAGGGAGAAGAGCAUGGCCAUGCCAUCUGGGACAUCAGUGAUGAAGAAGAGCCUCAGGAAGUCUUGAGCUCCCCAUCAACAUGUGGGCCAGGCUCCUGUGAUUCUGAAUCUCCUCAAAUGACCAGUGAAGAAGCACCAGAGAAAGUGCCCAGCCAAGUACUAUAUGAUGGGGAAGACAGUAGCAGUGACUGUUUAGAGAUGUAUUAUGAAGAAGACCCCCAGGAAGACUGGAGCUCACCACCAGAAAGCGAAUCAUCAUAUGGUGAACUAGAAGCUGUCCAAAUAAAUAGUGAGGAAGAAUUAGAAGAGCUUACUUCCAGCCUACUACCCUAUGACGGACAAGGAGCAGAGCCACCAGCACGUGGAAAUGAGAAGUGUACCUGUGUUAUGUGCUUCUCAAAAGAUGUGCCAGAAGGUCCAGAAGCAAGCAUUGCAGACAGCGAAGCAUGUGCCAUGAUAGAUACUGUGGAUCUUAGAAACAACUCUACUUCGGGAAAACUCAAGAGGAAAAGAAGAAAAAAGAAAGGCCAUUGCUGGACAAGACAUAAAAGGAAAUUUCAGAGAAACUUACCCCAAAAAGAGAGCAGCAACACUCCUGGCCAGUUGGUCUCCAGUGGGAAAAAGGGGAAAAUGCAUCUGCGAGAACCUGCCAAGAUCAAGGGGAAAAAGAGAGGCAGACCUCCUGUUUACUCAACUCAUGGUGACAGAGCCUCACGGAAAAGAGUCCGGUCAAAAGGGUCAAGAAGUCACACAGAUUAUAUGGUGGAUUUUCGCUCUCAAAUACUUCCUGUGACCUGUGGUGAGGUGAAGGGGAUGUUAUAUAAGAAGAAACUGAAACAAGGAGGAUCCUUGGUGAGAUCUAUACAGAGUGAGGAUGGAAAAUGGUUCACCCCCAGGGAGUUUGAAAUCAGAGGAGGCUACGCAAGAUCAAAGAACUGGAAGCUGAGUGUGCGCUGUGGUAGGAGGCCUCUACGAUGGCUGAUGGAGGUAUUCCAGGGACUGGAGCAGAUGGACUUUCCAUGUUGUAUGAAAGGAUUUCUACAUAAUCCUCUAAGAAAAUAUUUCAGGAAAAGAAAGAUAAUACCAAAGUCUCACAACAAUACCUUAGUUAACCCUUAUCCGGGAAACUCCGAUGUGUGUGAGAUGUGCCGGGAUGGAGGAAAGCUGUUCUGUUGUGACACCUGUUCAAGAUCUUUUCACGAGGACUGUCACAUCCCACCAGUGGAAACUGAGAGGAACCCAUGGAGUUGCACCUUCUGCAGGAUGGAGUUUUUGGAAAGGCAGCAGUGUCACGGGGAAUCUGAGGUCCUGGAGAGGCAGAUGCAACCAGAGGAGCAGUUGAAAUGUGAGUUCCUCCUCUUGAAGGUCUAUUGCCAUUCAGAGAGCUCCUUUUUUUCGAAGAUUCCAUACUAUUAUUAUAUUAAAGAGGUGUCUCAAAACCUAAAGGAACCCAUGUGGUUGGACAAAAUCAAGAAGAAGCUAAAUAAACAAGGCUACCCUAGAGUAGAGGAGUUUGUGCAGGACAUGCGCCUCAUCUUUCGGAACCACAGGGCAUCUUACAAGUACAAUGACUUUGGCCUAAUGGGGCUUAGACUGGAGGCAGAGUUCGAGAAGAAAUUCAAGGAAGUGUUUUCUAUUGAGGAAGCAAAUGAGAGGAGUUCACUGGUGUAGUGGAGGCUGUUGACACCCUGGAAAAUCUCCUUUUUGGGCAGAACUUUCAUGUCCCAGCUGCUGUGAGGGUUGGCUGCUGAUGACACUCUUCCCCAAAGUACCACCCUCUGCCAAUGCCAACUUCACCUGGAGAUUACACCUCUUGGGCGUGGGGGCCGGCUUCCAGCCCCAAGGUGGAACCAACCUGUAGUGAUCCGUAUCCCUUCACUUCCCACGAGAUCAGGCUGGAGCUAGUCUCCAGCUGGUACCAAUCCAUGCUUGGCUUUUCCUACCAUGCUAUCCUGCUUUGCUCACCCCUCUUCUUCUGAGAAAAUUCUCAUAAUAAAUCACUUACUCAAGAGACUUUAUCUCGGGCUCUGCUCCCAAGGAACCCAACUUAAGGUAUUGGUCCUAGCAAGCAGGACUUGAGGAUGGGGUUCUGAUGUUAGGUCACUGUCUAGUCAGAUGGUGACAAGUGGAAUGUUGACAGUGCCUGAGGUGUUACAACCGUGCCAUUGCCAAAACUUUCACCUGUAGGAAACUGGAUGGGCUAUAGGGGGAGAGGCAUAUUCGCUGGAACAAUUAUCUGACAUUUACAGAAGGAGAGAUAGUAACUGAAACAAGUGUGGGGUUUUGAAGGCUGUUGGUAAGUGCCACUAAUAUGUUGACAAGAGUAAAAGACAGGCUUAAAGCUAUUAAUCACCUAAACCAAAAUCACCCCCAUCCCUGCAGCUGGAAAGUAGACAGUAAGGAAGGCCUGGCCCUGAUUUUCAGAAGGGCAGAAUUUCAGAGAAGCCUGAAUUCUAAGCUCAGGGUGGCCUCCUAUGCCAAAGUUAGGGCACCAAUAAAGAAGG